AUGGAAGAACCAGAAGAUAUUCUUGAAGAUAUUAUUGAAGAACCUGAAAAUGAAAUUAAUGAUAUUUUGACAUUUUUUAAGAAAAAAAGUCGUAAAAUAUGUAAAGGAAUAUGGUACAAAUCUCCUAUUAACAAAAUCAAAAUUAUAAUUGCUCGCGGAAAUCAUCUUCAUAAUAUGGGUCAUUCAAUUAAUGGACAGAUCUGGUUAUAUCCAGAAGAAGCAUUAUUUUUAUUGGAACGUGGAAUGUUAUCAAUUGAAUUUCAGGAUGUCCCAAUUUCAAUUCAACAAGCUUAUAUGUUGAUGUUGACUGGGGAUGAAUUUAUAACACUUGAGAAAUAUCAGAUCAACCCUAUCGUUGAACCUGGAUCAUGUGAUACUUACGGAUUGAUGGCUAAUGAAGAAGAUAAUCAAGAAGAUUAUAAAAUAGAUUUUUAUGUACAUAAUCAAUCUCAGGAUAAAAAAUUUAAGAAAAAAUCACCUGGUGAACCUUUAUUACGCGUUGUCGUUGCCAGUGCCAUGUUACAAAAACCACCCUCAAUAAAAACUUUAGAAAGAUUAUUUAAAGAUAAUGGAUCUAACUUAUCCGCUAAAAAGAAUAAUAGUAUAUUGUUCUCCAUUGUUGAUGGGGAAAAUGUCGUAUUCCUGGAAUUUAAAGAUAUCAUGUUUGGUGAUAUUAAAGUUGAUUUAGUGAAAUGA